GCAUCGCUGGAGGCAGUCUUGGCAUCGAUUAUUUCCGCACGUAUUUAAUGUACAGUAGUCCGGUAUGUCAGAGAAGUGGUCGCUAUUAUGUUCUGACGAAACGUGCAUAAUUAUGCUUUGUUCAUGAAGGCAUUUCAGUACAUAUUCAGAUCACGACGAUCGGCAAAAGCUGCAAAAAUACUUUGCUGCUUUAUAUUUGUUGGUGUGCUGUUUUUUCUAGUUCAACUCUCUUAUCCGGGAUGUAUGAACUCCGAUAUAGAAGCCUUCCUGGACAAUCUCUGCGAUGCCUACAGAAAAGGGGAGAUAUCCGGCAACCUUUGCGCCCAGUUCUGUGCGCGAGAGUUGUCAAAGAUCCAAUGUCAGACUCAGCACAUCGGCAAAGACAUUGUUUUCACUGCACUGUGGAACUUCGAACCUAUUGUUGUAAAAGCUAAAAAACGGCUGAUUACCGCUUUAGAACCUGUCUACUGGACGGACAGAAGCAGAAACAGUCAUUAUCCAGACAAUGACACUUUUAUCCGUAUGGUUAACCUGCAGAUCAACUAUAUUUUUAGGCGCAAUUUCACGUGGGUCGAGUCAUUUUAUGGUAAACGGUUUAGCAUUGCUGAAAUGAACAGUAUUUACGCUCUGCUGCAACAAACAGAGUACCUGUUUAACUUGGCCCUUCAGGGCCUGGAUGUGGUCCCAAAAAUAUUCGGGACAUGUGGUCAUGCAUAUGCUGUAGAGUUCUUGUCGCCGUUGGAAACGCGUUGGUCGCCAGAGCGUAGCGAUAUCUCUGCUUUUAGCUUCAAGGAUCGUGCCAUGAUAGCGCUACGUAUAUUAAAGACUGUGGAUGUGCUGGAGAGUGUGAUGGGGGAAGAAAUUCACCAGUGUGACAUGAAAUCAAGCCAUUUCGGUGUUGAUGUAAAAGGUCUGGUCAAGAUGCUCGACUUGGAUGCUUUUGCGCUGCAUUCAACCGUGCAAGCGAACAUUGCCAAUGCAGGACACUGCAGAGCCGACAAAGACUGUGAUUUCUUCGACUGUGCUGGCCGCUGUAAUGCACAGGGUCAGUGUGACCCUGCUGUGCUCAAUGACAAUCUACAGCGAAUUUGCAAGAACAUCUUUCAGGGAAAUCUCUUUGGUCGGUAUACAGGCCUACUAAGAAGCCCACCUUCAUGGAUUGCUGUGGAACUAUACACAUUGUUGAAUGAAUGUAGUGCCACAUCUAGAGCACCGCUGCCUAGAAACCAUAGCAGAGUGAUAAAAGAAAAAUUUGUGAAGCUACUACAUUCUGUUUUGAUACAGUGAGUGCUUUACAAGAUAGGAAUUGCUCAAGUUGGCUUAAGCCAUGAUAAAGCACUGCUCAACUCGGUGAACUUAUAUUUAUUGUGAAUGCUUUACUUAGCAUGUUUUACUUAGUGUGUUUUACUUAGUUAUAGCAUAUUGUAUUCAAUGUCCUGAAACCACAAUUUUUUUGUGAAGGACACCAUAGCGGGUAGCUUGAGAUUAAAUUUGCCCUCCUGGCAACUUUAUUUUGCAAUUCAGCUCGAAACACAAAUGUAUCAGUAUGCCACUCUACAUCAAUAUGUGACUGAGAAUGCAAUGUGUAAUUUCACGCUCAGAAGUAGAAUGCCACUGUCACUUUGGCUUUUCAGGAGGAUGAAUAUGUGGAAUGCACCUUUGAAAACCUUCGUUUGUUUUGGCUUGCAUAUUCAAUAUCUUUAUUUGUAGCACCAACUACUUUCUCAACUUCGGCAUGUUUGCACUGUGCAAACAGAACAAGGGUAGAAGUGAAGACACAGCACAGGCACCUCUGCCCUCAUUCCAUUUGCACUUUGCAAACAUGUUCAUUUUGAAUCGUCAACUAGUGCAAGCUACUAUUGUUUCUUAAUUGUUGUUCAUGUGUGUGCAAACAUUCGGGUUUUGUGAAGCUAUUGCCUAUGGCCCUAAAGAGGCAUGGCUACUAGUAAAGUGAAUAUGUUGUAAAAGGAAAUUUCUACUCUUCAUUUAAGUGCAGUUCAUUGAGUUAUAUUGUCCUGGUGCAUGUACUUUUGAAUAGAAUUAUACCAUAGAUCUCUUUGAAUUAAAUAUUUUGUUUUUUAACUUUACAGGGCUGAAGAAUCAUCUAUAAUCAAUUUAUAACCUGUUAUACGUACCUAGUUGUGACUUUUUUACCGAACAACUUUUACUCGUGGUUGUUGCAUAUAUGGUCAACUACUUCAUUUUGUGAGAAAAUGGGCUGUUAAAGCUUACUAGUCAGCAAGUAUGACUGAUUUUUGUUACUGCCUGCUCGUUUUUAGUUGAACAAAUUAUGUGAGUGUUUUCUUUUUCUUUUUUCUUCCUUUUCACUCUGCAAGCCAGGAAAAGUACAUACUACUGUGAAAGCUUGAUUGGUCACAUUCCUUUGAGAACUGUUUUAAUAAAAAUAUUUGUACUGUCGGUAA